AUGACGACCAAUCGUUUACGAUUUAUUACACCCAAUUAUCAGAUUAAUCCAAAACAUAAAAAAUGUACAAAAAAUCAAGCGAAAUAUAGUGAAGACAAUUUAGCUUUUGCAGAAGAUGAUGGAGAUAAUAUUGAUAUUGAUUUAGAACAAUUUCCAAGUAUUGAAUCUGAUAGAGAUAAUAUACAUGUUACAUUUAGUAAAGAAAGUUCAACAGUUCAUAUUGAUGAUCAACAAGAUCCUAUAGUUUCAACACAACCAUUUACUACUAAUAACAAUGAACAAAUACUCGAUGAAGAAGUAGAAACAACUGUUUCAAGUAAAGAUGAUCCUUCUAUAUUAGUUUUAACAUUUCGAUCAUGGUUUCUUGGUCUUUUAUUUACAUGUCUUCUUUCGUUUGUAAAUCAAUUUUUUUGGUAUCGAACAUCACCACUUUUUGUUGGUACUCUUGUUGCUCAAUUAUUAACAUAUCCAUUAGGUAAAGGAAUGGCUAAAAUAUUACCAAAUCGAAAAUUUAAAAUUUUUCGAUGGAGUUUUACUCUUAAUCCAGGUCCCUUUACUAUUAAAGAACAUUGUAUUAUAACGGCAAUGGCUAAUGCAACAUGUAGUACAGCAUAUGCUAUUGAUGUUAUUACAACGUUACGCUUAUUUUAUAAACGACUACUUCAUCCAAUAAUUGGUAUUAUGUUUGUGAUUACAUCACAAGUCCUAGGUUAUGGAAUAGCUGGUAUUAUGCGAAAAUUUCUUGUUUGGCCAGCAGCUAUGGUAUGGCCAACUAAUCUUGUAAAUUGUGCUCUUUUUCGAACUUUACAUGAUGAUAAAGAUACUGAUAGCAAAGAAGAAGCAAAUAAAGAGUCACAUUGGAAAAUGUCACGUCUUCGAUUUUUUUUCGUAGCAUCACUUUGUCAAUUCUUAUGGUAUUGGUUUCCUGGUUAUAUAUUUCCUGUUCUUUCACUUUUCUCUUGGAUAUGUAUGAUUAAACCAGAUAAUGUUGUUCUUUCACAACUUACUGGAGUUAAUGGACUUGGCAUAGGUUCAAUAGAAUUUGAUUGGAAUGCAUGGGUUGCAUUUCUUGGUUCACCAAUAAUUGUUCCAUUCUGGAAAGUGAAAUCAUUGAAUAAACUCGUUUUGUUUUUCAUACAUAAAUUUCAUUCUUGUUUAUGUUUAUAUAGGGCUCAAAUAAAUAUAUUGAUGGGUUUUGUUCUAUUAGCAUGGAUAAUAGCACCUAUGGCAUAUUAUACUAAUAUAUGGGGUUCAAAAGCAAUGCCAAUUGUUAGUAGUCGUGUUUUUACUGCAGAUGGCUAUUUUUAUAACGUUUCGGCUGUACUCAAUUCAGAAAUGCGUCUCAAUGAAACUGCUUAUAAAAUCUAUGGUGAACUUCGAAUGCCAGCUGUUUUUGCUUUUUCCUAUUUUAUAUCAUUUGCUGCAAUAUCAGCAGUUAUUGUUCAUACCAUAUUGUAUCAUGGUAAAACAAUAAUGAAACAAUUUCGAUCAUCUCUAAAAGACAAUCAUAAUGACAUUCAUGCUGUGCUUAUGUCUCGUUAUCGUGAGGCACCAGAAUGGUGGUAUACCAUUUUGUUUAUGGUAGCAUUUAGUCUUGCUGUUAUUGUUUGCCAUUUUGGUCAAUUAAUGCCAUGGUAUUAUCUAUUUCUUGCGGUUGCAAUGGCAUGUAUUUUUGUUCUACCUACUGGUAUUGUUCAAGCUGUUACCAAUCAAACAAUAGGACUUAAUGUUCGCAUUUUAACAUCUGAGAAGUAA